UCUAGUCCGCGGCGAGUUUACAAUAUUUAGUCUCGUCUCAAUCACUAACAACUUGUAAAGGCGAUUGCAUAGGCGCUACGAUCCUUCUGUUGUGACGAACCCUCUCCGGAGUCUGAUGUUCCCACCAACUCUCUCCUAGACUAUGCCACCUGACCCAACAACAAACACGAACCAUUCCACUGGGAACUCUGCGAGAGAGAGAGAGAGAGAGGAGACUCUGAUUAAACCAAGCCGAAUAGCUCCAAAGCGGUGGCGAACUCCGAAGUUGAAAGUUUGCGUUACAGGUGAAUAUACGACUAAGAAGGAUAAUGAUAGGAAUAAGGAUGGUGGUGGAGGAGUUGGGGGACGCUUUUCAUUUCGUUUGCUCAGUAGAAUUCUGGAGAAUGGCAGUGUUUUGGACACUCUCUCUCCUCAUCUCCUACUGUCACCUCUUGUUUGCUCCCAAUUCUAAGUCCUACCCACGUUGCGCCCCUGCAACCUCUUCUAUCAAUAUCAAGCCCGUCUGCAUUAUCACCGGCGCCACAUCUGGGUUGGGUGCGGCCACUGCCUAUGCACUUUCAAAGCAAGGUUUCUGCGUUGUUCUUGUUGGACGGUCCUCCCAUUUGUUAUCGAAGACGGUGGGAGAGAUAAAAAGUUGGAAUAGGGAUGCCCAUCUCAAACAUUUUGAGGUUGACAUAUCAUCCUUCCAGUCAAUAUUGAACUUUAAGGGCUCCCUUAAGCAGUGGCUUUCAGAUUCAAAUAUGCAUUCUUCAAUUCAAUUAUUGAUUAACAAUGCUGGGAUACUAGCAACAUCAUGUAGACUCACGGCUGAAGGCUAUGAUCAGAUGAUGGCUACGAAUUACAUUGGUGCAUUCUGUCUGACCAAACUUUUACUACCACUUCUCACAAACAGCCCUGUUCCUUCCCGGAUUGUGAAUGUUUCAUCAUUUACGCAUCGAUCUGUUUUUAAUAUGCAGGUUGACAAGGAAACUAUUUCUGGGAAGUGCUUUAUAAGAUCAAAACGAUAUCCAUAUGCUCAUAUUUAUGAAAAUUCCAAAUUAUGCCUACUGCUGUUCUCCUAUGAGUUUCACCGACAGCUUGAUUUGAUGGAAAAAUCUCAUCAGGUCUCUGUCAUUGCUGUGGAUCCUGGAACAGUAGAAACCAAGAUUAUGCGGGAAGUUCCUUCAUGCCUUUCCGGUGUAGCGUUUAUAGUCUUGAAACUUCUGGGCCUUUUGCAAUCUCCUGAAAAAGGCAUCAACUCUAUUCUUGAUGCAGCCCUUGCCCCACCAGACAUAUCUGGAGUAUACUUUUUUGGUGGAAAGGGUAGAACUCUCAACUCUUCUGCACUGUCGCACAACACUAAACUUGCACAGGAACUUUGGAACACUUCAUGUGAUUUGUUUUUGCAGUCACAGUUUUUUGUUAAGGAACUUUGUUAAGGAUUGCGGUAGGGAGGAAUUUUCGGAUUCUCUUCGUCAACCGAAAGAACAGAGAAAGAUUGUGCAUCUGAAAUGGUGGCAGUUAGCUUAUCCUUGAGAUGUGUUCUCACUUAGGUUGCUUCAUGGAUGCUUUGAUAAAUGAAGAUCUGUAAUUGGAACUUGUUUACAUAUAUAAGCCUUAGUGAAAUCCUUGAGAGCUUUUCAGGAAUCAUGGUUCUUUAAAAGCAAGGCUGACAGAAGAAACGUGCAACACAGCAAUGGAAGCCAAAGAGGGACAUUGUCUUUGGGACAGGUUUGUGUUGCCUGUGGAUAAAGUCAAGAAGCAAGAGGGAGGUGGAGUCCAUUAUGUCCAUAUUAAUAAAAAGUUUUGGGAUAUAAGUUUCGCCAGCAAAUCUGAAAAAUGCUGGUGUUAGAGUUCAUUUGCAUGCCAUCUCUUAUGUUGUAGCAAAAUUCAAAUGAAUGAGCUUGUUAUCCACCCUUUCCAGGGAUUUUAGAUGUAUUUUAUACCAGGAAUCGUCCUUUUUAUCAGCAGGUUAAUAAAAGGUUUUUAAAAUGCUUGUAAAAAUUUCAUGCAUUUUAGA